CACUUUCAUACAAGCACAGACACACUGUUCCAGCGUCAGGCAGUCAGUCUCUACUCGGACUGGCCAAGGCUGCCUCAGGCUAUCCAGCGCAACACUGAAAUAGACAGACAGAGUACAAGGAAUACUGUCAUGAAACCAGACAUACACACACAAACAAUUGGGGGUCACAAACACAGGGAUCUACAGCUGUGUGAGGAAGCGAACACACCCUCAGACCAGACGAAGGGAAGCAGAGUGUGUGUGCGCGUGUUUCUUUGACCCGUGGCUAUAGAGGAUUUUCCUGGUGUGUGACGGCACACUACUUUUGUCAUCUUGCUUUCUCUACCUGAUGCGGUGGGAUUUCCUGACCCAGGAGUUCAACAGCUGACCCACGCAGGCAUAGAAUCAGCUUCCCUGAGUUGGAAACCUACAACACAGCUAAAGGUGCUGAGCAAUGCUGGUACUUUGCUAGCCUUUCCUUGGGCUAUUUUCUAAUUCAGGCAAAAGGUUACAUCUUCUCAUGCUACAACUAUGAAACAACAGGCACAUUUUCUGCAGAGAUAGGCUACUUUGUCUGACAGAGCAAAUAACUGACUGUCAUGGCUUAGCCUACAAUAAUUGAAUCGGGAAAGCCAACGUCAACUUUGUCCAGUCUGUUUUCUUUGGUAAUAAGAGGUGGGAGCUAGUACCUCUCAAAUGACUGACUGUGGCUGUACAUUCAUUCUGUUGAUUUUCCAAUUUGAUUUGUUUCUUAUUUCUUUGGGCGCAACUAAAAGGAAAAACAUAAUUGACGUUUUUUUUGGUCGAUAUCCCCGGCUUUCGUGAACCACGCGUUGCCUUUUCGCGGGUUUCGCAUGCCCAUCAGUACCUUUGCCCACACAACUCGAGCCUCGCAGCUGAUAUUCACCUCAGUCACUGACAGUCACACGUGCCAAGACGUCGUAAUAAACCACCGUUUGACAUGGAGGGAGAAAACGCAAUUUAAGCUCUACAGGAUAAAUAAUUCACAAGGACAUUAUUCAGCAGCCUAUCAGGAUGAGGAUGGAGGGAGUAAAACUGUUGCUGGUUCUUCUUCUGCUGCUGGGUGCCUGUCUCCAGUGGGUCCAGUCUGGCAUGUCCUCCCGGCACCGGGAUUCACACCGACGCCCCAGAGAGCACCGGGACCAUCGGCAGCACGGGAACAUCACGCUGGCCAUUAUCCUACCACAGAGAAACACUGCCUACCCCUGGGCCUGGCCCCGUGUGGGUCCGGCUCUGGACCGAGCCAUCAACACCAUCAACGCUGACCCAGCACUCCUCCGCGGCCACCACCUGGGUUACGUGUUUGAGAACAGUGAGAACGAAGAAGGCAUCUGCUCUGAGUCCAUCGCCCCACUCAUGGCUGUUGACCUCAAGUUCGCCCACGACCCUUGGGCUUUCAUUGGGCCGGGCUGCGUCUACACCUCCUCCCCAGUGGGCCUCUUCACCACCCACUGGGACAUCCCCAUGGUAACGGCGGGCGCUCCAGCCGUGGGCUUCAACGGCAUCAACAUGUACCCGUCUAUCACCAACACGGGCCCCACGCACAAAAAGCUGGGCAAGUUCGGCCUCCAUAUCUGCAAGCACUUUGAGUGGAAGGAGCAGGUGCUGCUCAUGUUCAGUGAUAACAAGAAGGAUGACCGGCCGUGCUACUUCGCUGUGGAGGGCCUCUACACAGAGCUGCACUUGAACAACAUCACCUCGGUGGACCUGGUGUUUGAGGAGAACACUGGACCAGUCAACUACUCUGACCUGCUUCACAACAUCAAGCAAGAUGGCCGAGUGGUGUUUGUGUGUUGCUCUCCGGACACGUUCAGGCAGCUGAUGGUUCACUUCCGGCGGGCAGGCCUUCCUCAGGAGGAGUUUGUUUUCUUCUACAUUGACAUGUUUGGACGCAGCCUGGACUCCCGGAAUGCUCAACCCUGGGCCAGAGGGGACCAAGACGACCUUGUCGCCAAGGAGGCCUUCCAGAGUGUGAAAAUCCUGACCUAUAGAGAACCCCAGAACCCUGAAUAUAAAGAUUUUGUGAGGGACCUGAAGACAGAUGCCAAGAGAAUGUUCAACUUUACGGUGGAGGACUCACUGAUGAACAUAAUCUCCGGAGGGUUCUACGACGGGCUGAUGCUGUACACCCACACCCUGAACGAGACCAUGACCUCGCCAGAGGACAGACCUGUGGGGAAAACCGUAACAAGGAGGAUGUGGAACCGCACCUACAAUGGUGUAACAGGCCUGGUGCAGAUAGAUGAGAAUGGGGACAGAGAGACAGACUUCGCUCUCUGGGACAUGAAUGACACCAACACCAGUGUUUUCCAGAUUGUGUUGGUGUACAACGGCUCUCAGAAGAAGCUGAGGGCCUUGCCUGGGAUGGACAUCCAGUGGCCAGGGGGCGCUGCUCCUUUAGAUGUGCCCGUCUGUGGCUUCAAGAACGACAACCCAGCAUGCCUUGCACGAACCAUCACAAUCCACCAGAUGGUAACAAUUGUGGUGUUCUUCAUCAUUAUCAUCAUCCUCACCAUUACUGUCUUCAUAUACAGGAAGCUGAAGCUUGAAAAUGAGCUGGUGGCUCAGCUGUGGAGAGUCUCCUGGGAGGAUAUUCAGAUGAGCAACAUGGAGAAAGUGCUGCGAAGCGCAGGCAGCAAGCUCACUCUGUCCCUGAGGGGCUCCAACUACGGCUCCCUAUUAACAGGAGAUGGAAACUUUCAGGUGUUUGCCAAGACAGGCUAUUACAAGGCAAAUAUUGUGGCCAUCAAAUACAUCAACAGAAAACGCAUUGAGCUCACCAGAAACGUGCUGUUUGAACUGAAACAUAUGCGUGAUAUUCAGAAUGAGCACCUGACCCGCUUCAUCGGAGCCUGCAUCGACCCCCCCAACAUCUGCAUCAUCACAGAGUACUGUCCUCGGGGUAGCCUACAGGACAUCAUGGAAAACGAGAGCAUCACACUGGAUUGGAUGUUCAGAUACUCUUUAAUCAAUGACAUUGUCAAGGGCAUGGCUUUCCUCCACAACAGUGUCAUUGUCUCCCACGGCAACCUGAAGUCUUCCAACUGCGUGGUGGAUAAUCGUUUUGUGCUGAAGAUCACCGACUACGGCCUGUCCAGCUUUCGUACCGAGAGCAACACAGAUGACGCCCAUUCUUACUAUGCCCGGAAGCUGUGGAUGGCCCCAGAGCUGCUGAGGUUGGAGAGACCCCCUCCAUGUGGCACACAGAAGGGAGACGUCUACAGCUUUGGCAUCAUUCUCCAAGAGGUGGCGCUACGCCAUGGAGCCUUCUAUCUGGAGGGAGAGCCGCUCAGCCCCAAAGAAAUCAUGGACCGGGUGGCUCUGGGUGAGUGGCCGUGCCUGCGGCCUGCUGUCAACCCUCAGAUCCACAGCCAGGAGCUGGGCCAACUCAUGCAGCGCUGCUGGGCAGAGGAGCCCACCGAGAGGCCCGAGUUCAACCACAUCAAACUGCUGCUACGCAAACAGAACAGGGAGUGCAGCACUAACAUCCUGGAUAACCUGCUGUCCCGUAUGGAGCAGUAUGCUAACAACCUGGAGGAGCUGGUGGAGGAGAGAACCCAGGCCUACCACGAAGAGAAACGCAAGGCUGAGGCCCUGCUCUACCAGAUACUGCCACAUUCAGUGGCGGAGCAGCUAAAGAGAGGGGAGACGGUACAGGCUGAGGCCUUUGAUUCAGUCACCAUCUACUUCAGUGACAUUGUAGGCUUCACAGCCAUAUCAGCUGAGAGCACACCUAUGCAGGUUGUGACCCUGCUCAAUGACCUCUACACAUGUUUCGAUGCCAUCAUUGACAACUUUGAUGUUUACAAGGUGGAGACCAUUGGUGAUGCCUACAUGGUGGUGUCCGGCCUGCCGGUGAGGAACGGGAAGCUACACGGCCGAGAGAUCGCCCGCAUGGCCCUGGCUCUGCUCAACGCCGUACGCACCUUCAAAAUCCAACACCGGCCUGACCAGCAGCUCAAACUACGCAUUGGCAUCCACAGUGGCCCUGUGUGUGCAGGAGUGGUUGGGCUGAAGAUGCCACGGUACUGUCUGUUUGGAGACACAGUCAACACCUCUUCACGACUGGAAUCCAAUGGUGAAGCGCUGAAGAUCCAUGUGUCUGCGGCCACGCGUGACGUCCUGCAGGAGUUCAACUGCUUCCAGCUGGAGCUGAGAGGAGACGUGGAGAUGAAGGGGAAGGGGAAAAUGACCACCUACUGGCUACUGGGAGAGAGCAAGAACAAUGAGUCAACGAGCUAAGGGGACGAGCCAAGGGAAGGAGGGAGGAAUGUCAUGAAUGAAGAAAUGGUGGAGGCAAAGUUGAGCAAAUAAUGGGAACCACUGAUUUGAAGUGCUGGAGCAAGUAAUCAAAUGAAGAGGCCUGGUGAAUGAAUGAGGUGGGGGGUAGAUGAGGAAGAGGACAAGGAUGGAGGAUGUGGAGAACUUUCUUCACUUCAGCCCUUUUAAGGACAUAUAGAAAGCUACAUGCUCUGAGAGUGUGUGUGUGUGUGUGUGUGUGUGUGUGUGUGUGUGUGUGUGUGUGUGGUGUGUGUGUGUGUGUGUGUGUGUGUGUGUGUGUGUGUGUGUGUGUGUGUGAAGUUCUGUGUAUACGUUUUUCCAGUUUUAUUUCCGUGUUGGAGGUUUUGGAUGCAACACUGAUGGUAUUUUAGAUCGGUAAAAAAAAAAAUGGUUCACAAACAAACCUUUACAGGAGGUUGUGGAUAUUGCUACCUGGUGGUCACAUUAUGUAACUGUUUUUUGAAUUAAUGUCUUUUAUGAGUACACAGUAUCCCACUGGGCACAGACGUCAGUUCAACAUCUAGUUGUGAUUUAAAUUUGGUUGAGUUGUCAACUAAUGUGAAUUCAACGUGAAAUAAACAAUAAAUAUCACUAUGUCAUUGGAUUUAGGUUUAGAUACAAAAUGCCCUUACUUUUUUACAAAUCCAAUCAGUUUUCCAUGUUGACUCAACAUCAUCACAUACAUUUUCAGGGUUGAAAUGACAUAGAAAUUACGUUCAAACUUCUUUUACCCAGUGGGAUUUAUAAUUUGAUUAAUUUCCACUGUAGUCUUUGUGAUUAUGUAUCCCCAGACCCCAACCACAAUAACUGAGCCUACUCUGGAGUUAAAAUGACUUGUUUGAUAUGUGUGGGUGGGUGUGCGUGUGUCUAAUGUCUCAUCAGUGUAUAUGAUUUGUCCGUUUACAGUCAUAUUACUGUCUUAUUAUUUUGUAUAAUACAGAUGUUGUUUAUUUCUCAAUAGAUUACUUUUCUAUUGCCGAAAGGGCAAUUCACAGAAAUGCACUUAAGAUAAAGUCAAGCAUUCCACUUCUUCGGCACCAUAGACAGUUUCAUUAUUUUCACUGAAGUGUACGAUUCAAUUUAAUGCAUUAUUGUUGCCAGCAGCAUACCACCCUCCAUACCACUGCUGGCUUACUUCUGAUGCUAAGCAGGGUUGGCCCUGGUCAGUUCCUGGAUGGAUGCUGCUGGAAGUGGUGUUGGAGGGCCAGUAGGAGGCACUCUAUCCUCUGGUCUAAAGAAAUAUCCCAAUUAGUUGUGUAUAAAGGACUAAAUUAAUUCUGGGGUUGAUGUGUAUAAAGGACUAAACUAAUUCUGAGAUAGAUGUGUAUAAAGUUCCAUAUUUUGGUUUGGUGUUCACAGUAACCUUUUGAGUUUGAGAGUCAUGGAGAAUGGUAUUGUUUUUUGCGUCUCAAGCCAACAGUGUUCAUCAUCUGUUGAGAAGUGUAGAACAGAUCAAUACUGUCUGUAAGACCUUAUAAAUCAGCCUGUCGACAUGUAGUUUCAUCUCGUGUUUUCGGUUUGAAUCUGUCACGUUCUGACCUUUAUUUCCUUUGUUUUGUCAUUAUUUAGUAUGGUCAGGGCGUGAGUUGGGGUGGGCAGUCUAUGUUUGUUUUUCUAUGAUUUGUGUAUUUCUAUGUUUCGGCCUAGUAUGGUUCUCAAUCAAAAUCCAGAAAAUCACAUUGUAAGAUUUUUAAUGAAUUUACUUGCAAAUUAUGGUGGAAAAUAAGUAUUUGGUCACCUACAAACAAGCAAGAUUUCUGGCUCUCACAGACAUGUAACUUCUUCUUUAAGAGGCUCCCCUGUCUUCCACUCGUUACCUGUAUUAUUAAUGGCACCUGUUUGAACUUGUUAUCAGUAUAAAAGACACCUGUCCACAACCUCAAACAGUCACACUCCAAACUCCACUAUGGCCAAGACCAAAGAGCUGUCAAAGGACACCAGAAACAAAAUUGUAGACCUGCACCAGGCUGGGAAGACUUGAAUCUGCAAUAGUAAUUUAUGUCCAGUCCAGUACAUGUCCAGUCCCGUCUGAAGUUUGCUAGAGAGCAUUUGGAUGAUCCAGAAGAAGAUUGGGAGAAUGUCAUAUGGUCAGAUGAAACCAAAAUAUAACUUUUUGGUAAAAACUCAACUCGUCGUGUUUGGAGGACAAAGAAUGCUGAGUUGCAUCCAAAGAACACCAUACCUACUGUGAAGCAUGGCGGUGGAAACAUCAUGCUUUUGGGCUGUUUUUUUGCAAAGGGACCAAGACGACUGAUCCGUGUAAAGGAAAGAAUGAAUGGGGCCAUGUAUCGUGAGAUUUUGAGUGAAAACCUCAUCAGCAAGGCCAUUGAAGAUGAAACGUGGCUGGGUCUUUCAGCAUGGCAAUGAUCCCAAACACACCGCUCGGGCAACGAAUGAGUGGCUUCGUAAGAAGCAUUUCAAGGUCCUGGAGUGGCCUAGCCAGUCUCCAGAUCUCAACCACAUAAAAAAUCUUUGGAGGGAGUUGAAAGUCCGUGUUGCCCAGCAACAGCCCCAAAACAUCACUGUUCUAGAGGAGAUCUGCAUGAAGGAAUGGGCCAAAAUACCAGCAACAGUGUGUGAAAACCUUGUGAAGACUUUUGACCUCUGUCAUUGCCAACAAAGGGUAUAUAACAAAGUAUUGAGAUAAACUUUUGUUAUUGGCCAAAUACUUAUUUUCCACCAUAAUUUGAAAAUAAAUAAAUUCAUUAAAAAUCCUACAAUGUGAUUUUCUGGAUUUGUUUUCUUCAUUUUGUCUGUCAUAGUUGAAGUGUACUUAUGAUGCAAAUUACAGGCCUCAUCUUUUUAAGUGGGAGAACUUGCACAAUUGGUGGCUGACUAAAUACUUUUUUGCCCCACUGUAUAUCUGAUUAUCAAAUAUCUUUAGAUUACUUCAUUAAACCCUCUAAUCCAGGGCAGCCUAGACAAAAUGAGCAAUACUGUAGUUUAGGGUUCUUUCUCCCUAUCCCUGUCCUUCUUUUCUCUUUCUCAGUCAAUCAUCUCUGACUAAUCUCUCUCUCUCUCCCCAAGGAUCAAAUGUAACCCUUUCCCUUAGAUCAGAGCCCACGGGUGGGUAUAAGAAUAAGCCUUAAACUGUAACCUGUCAUCCAUCAUAAGGUAAUGUAGUCAUUAUCUAAUGUGUCUUGAAGCCUGUGAAGUAUGUGUUUGAUCUCUGUAACAUCAAGUGCUUGAGUGAAGUAGACACUAUAUAUAACUGUUUCUAUUGUAGCUUUGAAAUGUGGUACUAAACUUUAUUUUACUCCAUUCCCUUUA